AUGGCAGAAAAAAUUCCUAAUGAAAUUGUUAUACCUUCCUGUUCAAAAUAUGAAGUAAUUGAUACUAAGUUAAAUACUGAAAAAAAGAGAGAAUUAUCAAUAUCUGAAUCUGAAGAUGAAUGCAAUGGUGUAACACUUUGCAAGAAUCAAAUUCAUCAAUCAAAUUCUGUUUGCCGUACAAACAUAGAAGUUAUCAAAAAAGAUGUUGAUGUUUUUAAAAGAAAUACUAAAAGUCUUUCCGAUGAUGAGGUAAAAGUAUUGUUAGAGUUAUCAUAUAAUUUUGAUGACGAAGACAACAUUCACAGCAAAGUCCAAACAAUCGAAGAUAUUUCUUUGAGUGAUGAAAUUGAAAAUUCUUUAGCAGAGUUAAAUAACGAAAAUGAAAAAUACUUGGGGAUAACAUUAAAUAAAAAUGAUUAUAAUGAAGAAGAGUCUGUUGAAGAAGUUGUUAAACAAACCAUAGAAGAUAUUCUUGUUUCAUUGGAUUCUUCAAAUAGUUUUUGUGUUGGCCUUCUAAAUGUAACCAAGAAUAUUAACGAUUUUGAAAAUAUAUUAGAACCAGUUGAUGAUGUAUGUAUUAAUGAGAGUUUAACAUGUCAAGAAAAAAUAAGCUUAAUUUCAAACUCCAAUCAAGAAUAUGAGUUACCAAAGACUGUGUCUGCGAUUUAUGAACACAAUAAUAAUUAUUUUACUGAUUUAAAAAAUAUUCCAGACUGUGCAGUACAAUUGAAUAUGUCAAUUGUAUCAAAUGAAACAGUACUGGAUGAUAAGAAAAAUAGUAUUUUUUUUGAAGAUCAAAGCUUAUUAUUAAGAAAUAAUUGUUCUGAAAGUAGCAUAUACCAAUGUGAAGAAUUUUUUAACACUGAAAUUGAAGUGAAUAGUGGUGAAUUGCCACAAACUUAUGAAGUUAAUUUUCAUUUUAGAAGUGAUCCUAUAGAAAUAGAUCAAGAUAAUUUUAUUGAUUUAACUAAAUGUGUGAAUGAUGAUGAAAUCAUAAUAUCGGAUGAUGAUUAUACAAUUAUAAUUAAUGAGGAAAUGGAGUGUAAAAGAUUAUUUGAGAACAUAAAUUCUGAAAUAGAAACUAGUUAUGAAGAAUUAACUCAAUUGUCUAUAGAUAACAAUAAACAAAUUGGUAUUGAAAAGUUGAUUAUCCAAGAAUAUAAAUUGAAUGAGGUAAUUAAAUAUGAUGAUGAUGAUCGAAAAAAUAUAUGUAAAAGUUCUCAAACUUUGAACAUUCAAGAAAAACAUAAUAUUGAUCCGUCAAACAUAGUAGAUUUGAUUGAUGUAAAUUGUCAAGAUGAUUCUCAAUCAACGAUUUGUGAUCACGAUUAUUACAACAAAUAUUAUGUAGAUGAUGAAACUAUGUUAGAAAAUGGGUAUGGUACAUCUAAAAUUAAUGCUGAAAAUAAGAAUAUACAUAUUUUAAAAAGAUCCAUUCAAAAUGAAGAUGAAAGGCUUUCAAAGAUGCUUAACAAAGAGAAAAAUGAUUUAGAAGUGGAUAAAAAUUGUUCAGAUAAAGUAACUGUGUCAGAAACUUGUGAUGAUUAUUUUUACAAAAAUGUUUCUAGUGUUUCUACACCAUUUCUGAAUGAAAAUGAUUUUUUGGAGGUAACAAGAGAACAUGGGAAAAGAUCAGAUCAAGAAGUCAAAUUGAGUAUGUCUACUAAUUAUGAAAAUAAUGAAACAAUAUUUAAUAAUAAUAAAAUUGAUGAACGAUGUGAAAGAAGUUUGUCAUUCAAUUCUAUUGAUGUAAAAAGAGGUUUUGAAUAUUCCAAUAAUGAUUCUGAAAACUCAAAUGAAUCUCUAUUAUUCAUGCCAUCUAGCAAAGAUUUAAAAAAAUAUGGAAUAGAAUGUGAAGAACAUGAAAAAUCUAUUUCCCCAUCUCUGAAUAAUUUAGAAAAUAAUAUCAGCAAUACAAAAGUUGUUCCUCAAUACAAAUCUCUAUGCUUAAAAAUAAAUGAUGUAUCUAAAAAUACAAAUAAUUUUGUAAGUUCUAGUUCUACAAAAGACUAUGAAGAUAAUGUUAAAUAUUUCUAUGAUUGCGAUAUUAGCAGCAUUGAAAAUUCUGAUGAAGAAGAUAAUAUAUUGUUGUCUUUUGGAAAAGAUACUUCAAUUGAUAAUUGCAUUUUUGUUAAAAAUCAAGACAGAUUGAAUGCAACCAAUAAUAUUAAUAAUGAACAAACUUUAUAUGAUAAUGAUUCAAAAAUUCAAGAUUUAAGUUCUUCCUCUGAGAGUUGUAAUAAUUUGAGUAAUGUUGUGGAAACUCCAGUUCCAUUUAUUUAUUCACCUAGUCAUGAUCAUCAGUAUGGUCAGAUUUUAAGUACAAGUAUGGCUAAGAAACAAAUUUUACAUGAUAAACCUGAAGUUUCUAUCUUUAAAAAUGAUAUUCAAUGUUGUACAAUGAAUCCAGCAUCAGAUAGUAAUUUUAAUGAGGAACAACAUUUAGAAGAUUCAAAUGAAAAACAUAAUCAAAACAAUAAAAAUAAGUUAAUUUCUAUGCAUAAGUCAACUAUAAAAAAGUCUCAAAAAUCCUUUAAAAAUAAUGAAUCCGAAACAAUAUCUAAAUUCAAUUGUGAGGAGAUAGCUAAAAUAAAUACAGUUCAAUUCAGUAGUUUUGAUAUGGAUAAAAGUGAGGUUAACAAAAAAAAAUAUUUAGAAGAAAUUAUUAAGAAUGAAAAAUUAUUUAAUAAAUUUGAUGAGAAAUUGGAUAUAAACGAAUCAGUCAUCUCACCUUAUAUAUCUCAGUCUUUAGAUAAAUCUACUAAUUCUCGAAGUGCAUUGGCAAAAAAAGCAACAGCAGAUAUAAAUAUCCAUGCUAUGAGUGAAAAAGCUUUGAACAUAUAUUUAACUCAACAAACAAUGACAUUAGAUGUUUUAGAGGUUUUACAUAAGUCUUUAGAUACAUGUCCAUCAUCUGGUAUAUUGAUGCAAGACCCAGAAGGGUUAGUUGUGUCUCUCAUGCCACAUCAAAAACAUGCUAUUGCUUGGCUAAGUUGGAGAGAAAGUCAAGAGCCAUGCGGCGGAAUACUAGCGGAUGACAUGGGUUUAGGUAAAACGCUCACCAUGAUAUCAUUGGUUUUGAAAGAAAAACAAGACAGUUUAUUAUCAAUGGUGUCUAUUGACAACAGAAGUACUGAUGUUAUAAUUGGUGGGACUUUGAUUGUUUGUCCGGCAUCCUUAUUGAGUCAAUGGGAAAAUGAAUUUAAGACCAAAUUGAAACCAGGAUUUUUAAAAGUUGCUCAGUUUAAUAGCAUAAAUAGAAAUAUAGCUGCUAUAGAAUUAGCUAGAUAUGAUGUUGUAAUGACAUCAUAUAAUAUAAUAAUGUGGGACUACAAAAAAAAAAUGUUUCUGUUAAGUCCAUUCUUUAUUAAAUGGAAGCGAAUCAUAUUGGACGAGGCUCAUCAAAUAAGAAAUAAAAAGACACAAACGUCUUAUGCUGUUUGUAAGACAAAAUCUAUGUGUCGGUGGGCUAUAACAGGAACACCUAUUCAUAAUAAAGAAGCUGAUUUCUUUACUCUUCUAAAAUUCAUUCGUUGUCAUCCAUUUGAUGAUUGGAAUGUCUGGAAGAGGUGGGUUUGCAAUAAUGAUGAUGCUGGGAAACAUAGAUUAUUCCUGCUCGUUAAAACAUUAAUGCUUCGUCGAACAAAACGAGAACUUUCCAAAUACACAACAUUCAAAAUACCUACUAAAAAUGUUCAUGAAAUUGAAAUUGAAUUAUCAAAAGAAGAACGAAAUGCUUACGAAAAAGUACUUCAAUUUUCAAGUAAUCUUUUUGCUACAUAUUUAUACGAUAAAGCAGCAAAAGAAAAAGUAUUUGACUCUAAUAUCAAAGUACAAAGUAAAGUUCAAUAUUUUCAAGAACAAAGUCAAGAUAAAGACAAAAUUUUCAAAGAUCACCCUGAGUUACUUAUGUUCAAAAAGUUUAAAAAUAUUGAGGAAAUACAAACACAUCAUAUAUUGGUAUUACUUUUAAGAUUGAGACAAAUUUGCUGCCAUCCAACUUUAAUUAAAGGACCUAUAAACGAAGGGAAUAUUAAUGAAGACGUAGAGAGUAUCCUAGAAGAUUUUAAUGAAGUUAGUGAAGGUGAUUCAACUAUUAGUGAUUCAUUUUAUAAUGAAAUCACCGAAAUAGUGGACUGUCCAAACAUUAUUGACUUAUCAAGACUUAUGAGUCACCUUACACUUAACGAAGAACCUGCUAAGAAAAAUCCCGAGUUAAACAGUGACAAUAACAUUUUCAAAAAAACUUGGAUUUCUACCAAAAUAAAAGUUAUUUGUGAUUUGGUAAAAAAAAAUAUAUUAAUCGGUGGAACUGAUAAGGCCAUAAUUGUUUCGGAAUGGCCGAGCUUUUUAUAUUUAAUAAGGAAAAAUUUGGCUCAUUAUAAAACAGAAAUGUUUUCUGGAGCAAUUCCUAUCGUAAAAAGGAAUAAAAUCAUUCGGGAAUUUAAUAACCCGGAUGGAGGACCACAGAUUUUAUUGCUGUCACUGAAAGCUGGAGGUGUUGGUCUUAAUCUCAUGGUGGCAAAUCAUUUGUUCCUUAUGGAUGUUCAUUGGAACCCUCAAAUGGAAGCACAGGCUAGUGACAGAGUAUACAGAGUAGGCCAAAAAAAAACGGUGAACAUAUAUAAAUUUAUAUGUUCUAAUACGAUUGAAAAAAGAAUACUCGACAUUCAGAUUAAGAAAUUACAGAUCGCUAAUAAUUUAUUUGAGGGUACCAGUGCAAUUACAUCUAAAAUAACAUUGGAUGAUUUAAAACAGAUUUUUCAAUUCCAGUAAAUACAUUCAACUAUUUUUUCUUAGAAAAUUAUGUUUAAUAUUAAGUUUAUACUUUAUAUUUCUGAAAUUUAUUUUGGUUGAAUGUCAU